AUGGCGGCCAAAGAGGAGGUGGUCGAGCAUGUUCCGGCCAUCCUUUCACAUGUCGAGUCGGAUCUCGUUUCGCUGGCCAUUUGCGGCUACAUUGGCGGCCGCUGCAUGCACUUGAAAUAUCCGGGCCCCGUGUUUCCCAGCACGGAGUGGGUGGCUUGGGGCCUAGCUGGCGCCAUGCUCACGGCCUUCGGAGGUGGCAGCAUGUAUGUGCUGCUGAUGAAGAGGUCUGGCGAUCGUCGGUUUGGCUGGCAGGAUCCUUUGGCUGUGUCAGCGGCACUGCUGGGGUUCCUUCUGUCGACCUACUUCGUGCCGCACUGCGGCAGAGCAAUCGAGGAUUUGCUGGGCAUUGGCUGUGGCACUGUGUUCAACUUCUUGGACUGCGUUAACAACGCGAUCCUCAUCGCCUGGGGCACUAGCAAGUCCUUGCUAGAUGCCCAGGGAAUGUGCAGAAGUUGGAUGAGGUUCAUGUAUUGCGUGGUCGCGACCUAUACCUAUAGCUUCGGUGGCGGCAUUGCGCGAGAUGUCAUCGCAAGGUGCCUCCUGGGCCCGCCGGCGGGUGCAGUCGGAAAUCUGUCGGCAGCGGUUGCCUUGCCUGCCAUCCUCGCCAUUGCAUUUUACCAGUGCCUCCUCAAAUACAGGGGAUCUGGAUCCGAGCUUCUCCAGCUGGGCCUGGGCAUACCCGUCCUUGUGGGCCUCUUUCAUGGGGCGGGGCUCGUGCUGGCGGUGUGA